AGAUUCCUAUAUAAAUGAGACCAUUCGGAGCAAUGAAUCAGUCUGUCCGUCAAUUACAAUAGCUAAGGAUUGAAAUAAAUUUUAAUAUUUAAACAAAUUUGGAAAAUGAGUUUGUCGGUUAAGUUUUUGUUAUUAGUUUGUGCGAUAGCGGUUCAUGCUAAACCACUGAGCGAAGAAGAACGACAAGCAAUGUUCAUUGACAUAGUGACGAAUUGUAAAGCUCAAGAAGGAGCUUCAGAUUCCGACAUUCAGGAAAUGGCCAACCAUCAACCACCAUCAACUCAUGCAGGCCAAUGUUUAAAUGCCUGUACUAUGGAGGCCGUCGGAAUUAUGAAAGAUGGACGAUUGUCGCUUGAAGGAUCUAUCAAAGUUGGUGAAAUGACUGGCGAUGCGGCAAGGAUUAAGAAUGUUGAACUGGUCAGCAGAGAAUGUGAAUCGACCGUUGGAUCUGAUCGUUGUGAUACAGCGCUUCAAAUCGCUCUGUGUGUAGCUAAAUCUGCAGCCGCUCAUGGAAUUGACCCCACCAAGGAAUUGAUGUAAAGUGAUUAUAUUGUCGAAUUGAUGAAUAAAUACUUAAAUGCUAAAAAAA